CCCGUUGAGUCAGUCAGAAAGAGACUUCGGAUAGGCUGGUCGUUCACCGCAGCGCCACCAAACAAGCUUCCCAGACAACCAGCGACAAUUGCGGUGAUAAACAAAUGCACACAUUCGGUUGCGAGAAGGUUCCUACUUUUGUUACUGAUCUGUCACAAUUUACAUCAAUAUUGCAGAAACGGACGGUUAUUUCAUGGUAGCCGAAAAUCCUCGUAACUUCUUGUUUUCUCCAGGGUUGAGUUUUAUGUGUUGAGUCAACUAUAAGGAGAAAGACAUGACUGAGUUAAGGAUGAGAGGAAGGGGAGCGGAUCCCGACAGCGUUAGCGAAAACAAGGAGGCAGCUGGAGAGGACAGACUGGGUCUGCCUGGUGAGGCUGGAGGAGAUGGAGAGGACAGACUGGGUCUGCCUGGUGAGGCUGGAGGAGAGGGAGACAGUGAGCCUAAAGCAGGCACACCAGACGUUCCUCCCUCCACAGUAGACAACACUCCACAGUUCCUCAACAGGGCUGUGGAGGGCCUCAACCCCAGAUGGAGGAACUGGUGGAUCCGAGGGGUUCUGUCUCUGGCCAUGAUUUCAGGAUUCUUCAUGGUGAUCUACCUGGGACCCGUCAUGCUCAUAGUAGUGGUGAUGACCAUCCAGAUCAAGUGUUUUCAGGAGAUCAUAGAUAUCGGCUACAGAGUCUACCAUUCCUACGAGUUGCCUUGGUUCAGGACACUCAGCUGGUACUUCCUGAUUUGUGUGAAUUAUUUCUUCUAUGGUGAGACAUUGGCGGAGUAUUUUGGUGCGUUGGUUCAGAGAGAGGAUUCACUCCAGUUCCUGGUGCGAUACCAUCGCUUCAUCUCCUUCACUCUCUACCUAGCAGGUUUCUGCAUGUUUGUUCUGAGUCUAGUGAAGAAACAAUACCGUCUGCAGUUUUAUAUGUUUGCGUGGACCCAUGUAACCCUCCUGAUCGUGGUGACACAGUCUCACUUAGUCAUUCAGAACCUGUUUGAAGGAAUGAUCUGGUUCAUCGUCCCCAUCUCCAUAGUGAUAUGCAAUGACAUAAUGGCCUACCUGUUUGGUUUCUUCUUUGGCAGAACGCCACUCAUUAAGCUGUCUCCUAAGAAGACGUGGGAGGGGUUUAUAGGAGGCUUCUUUGGGACCCUGGUCUGUGGCUUCAUCCUGGCCUACCUGCUAGCUCAGUUCCAGUACUUUGUAUGUCCUGUGGAGUACAACGACCGUUUCACCGCGGACUGUGAACCCUCGGACAUCUUUGUGAUGCAACAGUACACAUUUCCCUUCGUUGUCCAGAACAUCCUCAAAUGGAAAACGGUGAACCUGUACCCGUAUCAGAUCCACAGUGUGGUGCUCUCCACCUUCGCCUCUCUGAUUGGUCCCUUUGGAGGAUUCUUCGCCAGCGGCUUCAAACGAGCGUUCCAGAUCAAAGACUUUGCAGACACCAUCCCUGGUCACGGGGGCAUCAUGGAUCGCUUCGACUGUCAGUAUCUGAUGGCUACCUUCACUCACGUUUACAUAGCCAGCUUUAUCAGAGGUCCCAACCCCAGCAAGGUGUUACAGCAGCUGUUGGUCCUGCAGCCAGAGCAGCAGCUCAGUAUCUUUAACACCAUGAGAGACCGUCUGAGUGACAGGGGAAUACUGCCCCCUGCUGCCAUGUAGUACACACACACACACACACACACACACACACAGAGAGCGUGUGUCCGAGAGAAAAUGUCUUUGGCUGCUGGCGUGUUACUAGAUUUACACAUCUAUUUUUUCUGGAUCUAUGUCAAGUAAUGCGAGGGGGGAAAUGGCACAGCAGCCAUUUAGGGAGGGGGUGUGGAUGACCACACACCAUAGCAAUCGUCUUUUUUGGGUGAUUUCUACCUUCUUCCAGAAACUCUUCUGCUCAGCGACAUUUUUUGUUUUUCUUGUUCUUUUAACCAGUCCUCAUUAUGAGCAACAAGGAGUUACCUUUUACAAAUAACAACAAUACUUUCGGGACAUCGCAUGUAUCAUUGGGACCUGCACGAGCACCUACACCAAAAAACUACAGUAAGCCAAUGUAACGCUACCAUGCUAACUAGCAUUAGCAACAUUUUAAAGACUUAAGGCUACGUUGCUCUGAAGAAACAAAGUUGUUCCUAGUUAAGAAGGCAUAUGGUUUGUUUCAUAACGUACUGUAGGGGACAGUGACUGGCGGUCUCCCUGUGGAUGGAUGGAGAUUAUUACAGUGAUUUUAGCCGAACUGCAGGGGCACAUCUUACAGAACCAGGAUACCAGCUUGUCCUGGGUUGGUGUUGGCUUGGAGCAACAGCAGGGUCUUAUUCACUAGACACCAAACCGAAGAAAACGGACCGAAACAGGGAGGGUACUGACCUGAAUUUGUCCAAUAAGAAACGUCUGUUUUUCCGUUGCAUAACGUUUUGCUACAGUGUGCAGUAAUGAACGUUUUUAGACGCUGCCCCAACAUGUUGAAGAUACUAAACACACUUGACUUGGGCACGGUGUUUAUUUAAUAAUAGUAUGUAUCUGUCUAUAUCAGAGAUGAUGGUCUUCACGUCAACAUAUCAUAUACGAUCUAAAACAUUUAAGCAUGUUCCUAAGUCCUGUUGUUCAUUACAGCUGAAAUAAGAUGUUUUUCAGUUUCUAGUUUUACCUUCUGUUAGGUAUUGUAACUUGACCUCAUGCUAUAGAUACAGUACCAGUCAAAAGUUUAAACACACCUACUCAUUCUAGGGUUUUUCUUUAUUUUAAUGAUUGUCUACAUUGUAGAAUAAUAGUGAAGACAUAAACUAUGAAAUCAUGUAGUAACCAAACAAGUGUUAAUCAAAUCUAAAUAUAAUUUCUAUUUGAGAUUCUUCAAAGUAGCCACCCUUUGCCUUGAUGACAGCUUUGCACACUAUUGCCAUUCUCUUAACUAGCUUCAUGAGGUAGUCACCUGGAGUGCAUUUCAAUUAACAGGUUUGCCUUGUUAAAAGUUAACUUGUGGAAUUUCUUUCCUUAAUGCAUUUGAGCCAAUCAGUUGUGUUGUGACAAGGUAGGAGUGGUAUACAGAAGAUCGCCCUAUUUGGUAAAAGACCAAGUCCAUAUUAUAGAAAGAACAGCUCAAAUAAGCAAAGAGAAACAACAGUCCAUCAUUACUUUAAGACAUGAAGGUCAGUCAAUCCGGAACAUUUCGAGAACUUUGAAUGUUUCUACAAGUGCAGUCAACUGUUCAGAAGAGACUGCAUGAAUCAGGCCUUCAUGGUUGAUUUGCUGCAACAACAAAAAAACACACCAAUAAGAAGAAGAGACUUGCUUGGGCCAAGAAACAAGAGCAAUGGACAUUAGACCGGUGGAAAUCUGUCCUUUUGGUCUGAUGAGUCCAAAUUUGAGAUUUUUGGGUCCAACCGCCGUGUCUUUGAAGAGCUGAACGGAUGAUCUCCGAAUGUGUGGUUCCCACAUGAAGCAGGGAGGAGGAGGUGUGGUGCUUUGCUGGUGACACUGAUUUAUUUAGAAUUCAAGGCACACUUAACCAGCAUGGCUGCCACAGGAUUCUGUAGUGAUACGCCAUCCAAUCUGGUUUGCGCUUAGUGGGACUAAUUUAUUUUUCAACAGGACAAUGACCCAACACACCUCCAGGCUAUGUAAGGGCUAUUUGACCAAGAAGGAGAGUGAUGGAGUGCUGCAUCAGAUGACCUGUCCUCCACAAUCACCCGACCUCAACCCAGUUGAGAUGGUUUGGGAUGAGUCGGACCGCAGAGUGAAGGAAAAGCAGCCGCCAACAAGUGCUCAGCAUAUGUGGGAACUCCAAGACUGUUUGAAAAGCAUUCCAGGUGAAUCUGGUUGAGAGAAUACCAAGAGUGUGCAAAGCUGUCAUCAAAGCAAAGGGUGGCUACUUUGAAGAAUCUAAAAUAAAAUAUAUUUUGGUUACUACAUGAUUCCAUAUUUGUUAUUUCAUAGUUUUGACGUCUUCACUGUUAUUUUACAAUGUAGAAAAUAGUAAAAAUAAAGAAAAAAACUUAAAUGAGUAGGUGUGUCCAAACCUUUGACUGGUACUGUAUUUCUGUAGCUAUUGACACUUGACCUCAGUAUGGAUCACUGUAAACAAACGCAGAAAAAUGUGUAAUUUGCUAAAUUUCCCAAAAUCCUAGUUGUAAUACUCCCCAAAAAUCAGGAGGGAAUAAGCAAGAAAUCCGAUUAUCGUCCAACCGGGAUUUCUGGGAAAGUUACCAGAAUUUGGCAACUAUAGCAACCAGCAUACACUGUGUACAUAUCUCCAAUGUAUUACUGUACAUAAGAAUACAUAUUUAUCUGAACAAAGACCUAAUAUCAAAUCUGGUAGUCUUUAAACUAUAUGCAAAACAAUACAACGGGAUGUUAUUUAUCUGUAGCCAUAGCAUUAAUAAACUGUGGUUGAAUAGGUAGCUAGGUGGGGGGGAUAUAAACUUUUUUGGGGGGGACAUAUAUUGACAUAUAAGGUGAACUGGUGGCUGCUGAUGUGAGAAUGUGCGGGGUGAAAGAAAUCAUUUUUUGCUACCUUUUUAUGUCUAGCCUGUUAAACAAUUAUUAUAGUUGAUUGCCCAUCUCUCUUCAGCUGAGCUGAACCAUUCAACAGUUCCAAUAUUCCUAUAAAUUUUCUUACCAGACUCGAUCUUUUGUCAAAUUUGUAAAAAUAACAAUAUUUUAGAAGUCUACUUAUUUGUUGUGCUGCUCUUAAAGGGUUAGUAUUGACAGAAUUCAAGAUAUUUUGGUAACAUUUCAUGUUAUGAUUGCAGUGUGAGGCGAAUUACACACACUGUGGCCAGUUUAUUAGGUACACCACCUCGUUCACAUAAAUGCUUUGCUCCUACAGACGGUGAGUCAUGUGGCCGUAGUUUGCUAUAUAAAACAGGCAUCGAGACAUUCAGUUACUGUUCCAUUGAGCGUUAGAAUGGUGACCUAAGUGACUGAUCGUCGGUUCCAGUAUCUCAGAAACGGCCUCCUGGGCUUUUCACUCAUGGCAGUCAGCGGCAGUCCUGUGGGCGAAAAUAGCUUGUUGAAGAGCGGUCGAAGGAGAAUGGCAAGAAUCGUGCGGGCAACAAACAACGGCGCAGUAUAACAGUGGUGUGCAGAACGGCAUCUUGGAACGCACAACUCGUCGGACCGGGUUCCACUCCUAUCAGUUAAAAACAAGAAGAAGCUGCUCCAGUGGACACGCCAUCACCGACACUGAACAAUUGAAGAGUGGAAAAACAUUGCCUGGUCUGACAAAACCCAGUUCCUGGUGCAUCAUGCUGAUGGCAAAGUCAGGAUUUAGCAUAAGCAGCAUGGCCCCAUCCUGCCUGGUGGUGAUGUAGGGAAUGUUUUCCUGGCGCACGUUAGGUCCCUUGAUACCAAUUUGAGCAAUGUUUCCACGCCCCGAAUAAUUCAGGCUGUUCUGGAAGCAAAGGGGACUCCAACCUGGUACUAGAUGGGUGUACCUAAUCAACUGGAAACUGAGUGUAUAUAAAGUAUAUUAUAUUCAGAAGAGUAGCUGUGUCUCAAAUGUGGUUGAUUUGAAUCUAUAAAAGGCAUAUGGGAUGGGAUUUCUGUGUUGGGCUGGUAUUCAAUCAAAACGCCAGUACAGGAAAAUCUGCCCUGUGGGAAAACCAUUACCACCCUGAGAAACAUGAAAGUCGUGAUUGAUAAACGAUGUUUAUUGGUCGAAAAAUAAUCAAAACAAACUAUUUGAAUGAUUCAAAAGGUGCUUUUUUUUUGUUGCACUGGAGAGAGAAAAAAUCCAUCCUGUGUCUUUUGAUUGAUUGAAUUUAACCCUUCAUCUGUUCUGAUUAGCAGAGAUACUUCCAGAAACAUUUAACAAAGCACGGUCUGAAACACUGAUUAUCCUCUGGGUUUUUACGUAUUUAGUUGUGCUUUAUGCAAUUGCAAAAGUUGGGGUCUCAUGUCCUUUUACCUUUUUUUAAUUAUCUUUUGACUAUUUUUCUUUCUUUGAUUGCUUAUGCAGAAUUGUUUUCUAAUAAAUUUAUAGCUUUUUGAAGUGGGGUAAGAUUGAAAAGUUUACGUUGUAUUGUGAAAUAGAGUUUAGAUAAUAUAUACACAUACAAGCAUUUCAUUACACCAGCAAUAACAUUUGAUUUGACACACACACAGUGCUGUAUGAAAGCAUUGUGUUGUGACGCUAUAUUCUGUAUGGAGGUGAAUAAAUACUUUUUUUUUUCUCCCCUUUACAAAAAUAUACAUCUCUUGAGAAUCUGAAUUCAUGAAGAAAUAUAUUUUCACCAGUUAAACCCUCAAGGAAGCAAAAAAAAUAAUCCUAAACUGGUUUGGUGUCGAACUCGGGGCCUGUAUUUUCUAAGAGAGAACGACUGCUGAUCCUGGAUCAGUUCUCUGGACGGAGUAUGAAUGCAGGAUCAGUAUGUUAUCAAAAAAAGACAGUGCCUUUUUUUUUUUAAAGCAGUUUAUUGAUUAUUUUAAAAAGGACUUGCAGUGAUUGACACGGCACUUGUAUAGCUUAAUCUCUUGGGACAGAUGUACGUAAACAUAACUGGUACUGUGGAAUGGGGGGGGGGGGGGGGGACGAGCAGCAGUAGCUUUGCAAAGAGAGAGGGUGGAGCUUCUCGUUGCAGUUCAGCUCAUUUUAAAACACGCAUGGACCCAGAACUUCAAGCAGCUGACCAAUUACGCAAGACAUUAGUUCCCUUAUUUGAGCUCUAAAAGCAGACAACACUGAGGCAUUCUGAAUUAAAGUGCUUUUUCAACAUCACAAAACAGUAUUGCAGCAAUAACAGUGAUCUCUGACCUUUUUAUAGGGGGGAAAAUACGUCACAUCCAGAAUAUUGCGAAAGAAAAAAAACAUGUUUUACAUUGCACAUCUAUAUUAAAUAAAUCACUGUCUGUAACCA